UUACAGAUUGCAUAAAUUCGAAAAAUAUUUUUUUCUUAAAUUUUCAAAAAACUUGUUCAAACUUUUUGGGUACUCUCGUCCCCAAAAAGUCUACAGGUCAAAUGUAAGGUUAUCCCGCCAAGGCCCGCCAUUUGUUUUUGACACCAACCUUGUAACAAAAUUCCAAGCGGGAGCGACAUUUUUUCCAAUAUGGCCGAUAAUUUUGACAUUUGGCAGGGCAGGAGAUUGUUUUCAGGGAAGUUUUACCUAUUCUUCUUGAUUUUGGUGAAUUCUGAUUGUCCAGGAAGUAUCUUUUAUGCUUUUGAGAAAGUUUAAUGUGUCUGCAAUGACAUCGUGUUGAGAGAAAUGUGUGUUAAAGUGUUAUUGUGUGAAAUAUUUUGAGGAAUCUGUUUGCAAGCAGGAGCUGGGUGUCUUUUUUAGCACUUCCUGGACAUCCCACAAGAAACUGGUCAAUAAUUCACCUUGUUUUAGUGAUUAUUUAAAAGUGCUAUAGUGUCCUUGGUAAUAGUCUUAUAAACAUCUCUUGAAAGUUUGAACGUUUGAACUCAUUUUGACUCUUCGUUUUUUGUUGCUACAGUAGAGUCUCGCUAUAGGCCAUCGCUCUAUAGUCCACAAUUUAUCGACCGUUGAUUUCAAAACACUGAUUUUAAGUUAGGUUAUGUUUUUUAGUAUGCGACAUGCAUAAUUAUUUUAAUAUUUUUGGCAAACUUUAUUAAGUAGUUGUGAUAAUUGUGAUCCACAAUCAAGAGAGCAAGGAUAAGUACCACAAUCGCAAAGAAAGUGGAAGUCGUCGAGCACUUUCAAUACUAAAAAUCGUUGAUAAUUUUAAAAAAUUACAUGGACUAUAGUGCGACCCAAGUGUCAAAUUUGAAACCAAAUAUGGACUAUAGCGAGACACUACUGUAUUCCCAGUUUUGUGUGAUAGGUCAGAGAAAAAGCAACAAAAAAUAUUUAUGCAAAAAAACUCAUUUCCAAUUUCCAUAAAAAUACCGAUUUAAAGUUAUCUGAGUAAAAUAAAUUUAUUUUUUACUGAAAGGUUAUGUCAUUCUACUUUGUAUAUUUUAUUUAAAAAAUUUGAAAAAACUAAAAAUGUGAAUUUUAGAAGCAAAAAGAGUUUCAAAAAAAUUUAUAUUUUCUCACCUAGCGCCUAAACUAAAAAAAGAUAAUGAAGAAUGGAUGGUUUUUCGACUUUAUUGGAUCAUAAUUAUCCUAGAAAACAUUGUUUUAGAACUUUUUUUUCGAAUAUUAAAAAAAACACUGUUAGAGGGUUAAGUUAAGAAGGUUCAUGAAGGCUAUCUACAUAUAAUAAAAAUUUCAAGCCUCAGUCUCUUUUAUUUUAGAAAACAGUGAAUACUGAAAUCUUCGUUUUGACACAUUUUGCCCCAGUCUCCCCUACCCGAGGAAAUGCAUAUAACUCGGCUCACCUCGGCUCUCAUCUCAAGAAUUUCAGUUAAUUUUUGAAUAGCCCUACAUUACAUAUACCUUACAAACGUAAUGCAUUUCACACAGCUAAUGGCAAGACAAAUUUACUUGCAUGCAAUUGAUACCGUCGAAUUUUUUUCAGUGUGCAAAAUCAAAACAAACUUUUUUUGAGGCUCUCCCUCAAAAACAAAUAAAAUGGAUAUUAAAAAUAUAAAGAAGGAAGUUGAGGACGUGGGAUUGGAUUUAGGAAUAGUUAAAGAAGAGUUUUCAGUUGAUGAGGAGGAGCAGAAAUUCAAUUGUGUAUACAAUGUUGUUGCAGAUCCUGGGUGUCCUGGAAUGCCCGGAAUCGUUAAGUUUGAGGUAACAGAGAUUGAACAGACUGAAAGGAUUGAAGUGAAGAAGGAAAUUUUGGAUGUGGAAGAGGAGGGAGUCCCUGUCUGUGAUAAUGCAAUUCCGGAAAGUCCUCAACUGACCUUUUCCAUUCCUUGUCCGUUAAAUCCUCCCUUGAUACCUCCGCCCAUUGAGAAAAAGUACCAAUGUGUGGAGUGUUUCAAGGCGUUUUCAGCCAGGAAAGGGCUGAACCGUCACAGGAAGAUCCAUGUGGAAUCAUGUCUGUUUCCGUGUCCGGUUUGCCACAAACCCUUUAAGACUCCGAGUUACCUGAGGAACCACAUGGCCAUCCAUGGGGAGAAGAGGCACAAGUGUGAUCUCUGUGAGAAGAAAUUCACAGAUAAAUCUCAUCUGCAUCGGCAUGUCCGGCAGAUUCAUGAGAAGAAGCCGCGAAUCCGGCAGUUUUACAACUGCCCAGACUGUGGGAAGGUCAUGAGGGACAAAUGUAGAUACACUCAGCACGUGAAGGUGCAUCAGGAGAAGAUAAUUGCCUGCCCACAUUGUCCCCGGAAAUUCAAGUAUCAGCACAAUCUGGACAAACAUUUAGCCAUUCACAGCGCCGACAAACCCUUCCAGUGCACAAGAUGCGCCAGAACUUUCAAGAUAAAAGCCGUUCUAGUCAGUCACAUGAGGAUCCACGAGAGAGGCUUGAAGCCACUCUCCUGUGAGAUCUGCAAUGAGACCUUCCCGUGGAAGAAUGCCCUGAGGAAACACAUGCGAGAACACUGUGAAGAGCGAGAACCUACGCCCUGCCCGCAUUGCUUCAAAAUCGUACGGAGAAAAUCCCUGCACAAUCAUAUCCUGAAGCGGCACAAGGAUCUCUGCCUGAUAGACACGAAUUACAUCCCCGCCGUAGACAUAAAACAGGAAAAAGACUAAUUAGAGAGGCUUAGAGAAGCUAAAAUUUUACAUUUUAUUUAUUUGGGGUGUUCUUUUAAAUAAACAAUUCCCGGAAAGACUUUUUCAAUUCCCGGAAUCUGACUCGAUAAAAACAUAACCUAAAAAAUCUCGUACAAAAAAGACAAGAAAACCAAGAGAAAUCUUCAAUCAGUACCAAAAUACUUUUGUCCAAAGUGAUUGGGGGCCACGGGAUGGAGCUCUGAGGUGAGAAUCUUCAUUUCCGGAAAGGCAGAAACAAUUGUCUUAGCAGCCAUUGGAGUGCAAAAGAGAUUGGACAAUAUGAUGCAUCCCUCGGGAACUCCAUGCUCUUUGAGCACAUUGACCGCCUGGAUGACUGUAUUCCCUGUGGACAUGAUGGGAUACAUGAGCAGAACCUGUCGCCGGGAGAUAUCUUCCGGGAAUCGAGCAUAAACCACCCGGGCGACAUGCGUUUCCGCAUCAGACUCCACCAGAAUCUUUCCAAUGCGAAUAGAACGACAGCAAUCCCUCAGACCCUGUUCCAUAGCCUCCCCGGAUCGCACAAUUGACACCCCACAGUUCCCGGAACGAUAUUUCAGCCCAUCGUAGCUGGCUCCCGUGGGCGUUAAGACAGUUAUUGGAGAGUAAGGAAGCUGAUUGAGACUCUCCUCAAUCACCAGCCGAAUCAAUCGAUCAGCGUAGAACUUAAAAUCACUCCUUGUGGUGUUCCUGCACAAAAAGAAAUCCCCCAUGAAAAUCCUUUCCGGAUCCUCCCACGUGCCAUAACCUCACUUAUCCCUGAGAAUUGUUUGCAACUCCUUGAUUUGGUCAUUCUUGGGAAUGACCUUAAGAUUUGGACCAUAAUCACACGGUGGGGGUACCAAGACAUCACCUCCGCUGCCCAUUUCAC